UUCAAAUGCGCAGUGGACUCUGGAAAUGGCUCAGACGUGGAAAAACUUACCUUGCUGCGGAACUUAGUGGAUGGAGAGGCGAAGGAACUAAUUGCUGGAUUCAGGCUCGAGGCAAAGAGCUACAAAGAAGCUCUACAAAUGCUCAAGGACAACAAAUAAGGCAAAAUCCAAUCAAAAGAAGCUCAUCAAUAAAGCCACGAAUUUCGGCAACAAUCAAAAUAUGGACAGACAACCACUACCGAUUUGGAAAUGUGGAUCUGUGA